AUUGGCUUUAGUCGAAAACCUGGAGAUAUGGAUAAGCAUUUAGUACUUCAGAAGGCCAGGAGACAAUCGUUGGAUAUAUUUGAAAUUCCUUACUAUAAAAUGCUAGAGAAAUAUUUGCAAUUCUUGGGACAAGAUCCACGACAGAGGGAUAAAUUCAGAAAUAUUAUUGUAACUGUAAUGGUGACAAGCAUUACAGGCAUUGUUGUCCCAACGUCAUUAGAAUUAUAUACGUCGUUAUGUGACAAGGAUAUGAAUGCAGUGAUCGAAUGCAUGCCACAUUUAAUCGCAGCUACAACUAGUGUUGUUAAAAUAUUGAAUGUCCAUUUCAACAGAGAAAAUUUUAAAAAAUUAUUUGAUUUCAUGACGGAACAAUGGGAAGAGUUGAAGUUAACCGAUGAUUUACACGUUCUGGAAGAUGCCACCAUGCAAGGCAGCAAAAUGGCACAACUAUAUCGAAGUAAGUUAUUUUAUCAAUUAUAGAUUAUCUUUCCAGAUACUUUAUUGAUCUUUAUGGUCCUGUUCUUAUUUGUCCCAUUAUUGUUUCCUAUUUUGGACGUAGUUCUUCCACUAAACGAAACUCGACCGCGACAACAAUUGUUUAGAGUUAAUUACAUGCUUUUCGACGAUGAAGAGUACUUCUUUUACGUGUAUUUACAGUUAGCAUGGGGAUCGGUUGUUGUUGUGAUGAUAAUAGUUACCGUAGAUUCACUGUAUAUUCUUGUAAUUCAUCACAGCAGUGGAUUAUUUGCGGUGUGCGGGUAUCAAGUCCAAAAAGCAACUAGUAUCUCGAUUAUCACUACAGAAGCUGUGCCAGAGAGUUAUACGUACGAACAGAUCAAAAACUGCAUCAUCACACACAAUAAAGCGAUCGAGUUUUACAGUAUUCUGAAUGAUAACAGUCGAAGUAGUUAUUUGAUUCAAGUUGGAUUAAAUAUGAUGGGUAUAAGCGUAACAGCUGUUCAAACAGUCGCUAAUUUAGACAGGCCGGCAGAAGCGAUUAGAACUGGUAUAUUCCUUGGCGCUGAACAAUUUCAUUUGUUUGUGAUCAGUCUACCUGGACAGGUACUUCUGGAUCAUUGUUCUGAUUUAGCAAAUAAUAUAUAUAAAUCCACGUGGUAUAAAAUACCAGUGAGAAUUCAAAAAAUGCUUUUUAUGAUGCAAAUAAGGAGUAAGAAGCUGUGCACAUUAACAGCAGGUGGAUUGUACGAAAUGAAUAUAGAAAACUUCGGAAUAACCUUCAAAACGUGUAUGUCGUACUUCACGAUGUUACUAUCAUUGAGGGAAUGUUCGACAUUUUACAAUAUUCUACAAUUAUCUUCAAAAAUAAACCUAAGAUCCCAGUUUAAACAGCGAUGUUCAGUGUUUCAGGAAAGCAGCAAACGAAAUUACAAUGCGUUCGAUAUUAGCCAUUAUAAAACGCUUAAGCAGUACUUAUCAAUUUGUGGAAUAAAUCCAUAUCAGGAGAAUCGAAUCAGUAAUAUUUUAGUAAUCAUAGUAAUAUUCAUUAAUUUAACCCUUUUUGGCCCAACGACUAUGCAGUUAUAUGAUGCCAUACGUAACAAAAGUUUUGAUAAUAUCAUCCAGAAUUUACCGCAAAUAAUUACGGUAAUUGCUAGCAUGAUAAAAAUAUUAAAUAUUUAUUAUAAUAAAACGCAGUUUAGAGAAUUAUUUAAUACCAUGGCAGAAGAUUGGAAAUUUCUGGAAUCGAAAAAUAAGCUGCACAUAUUAAAUAAAUUUACAAAAAAUGGCAAUACACUUGUACUUUUUUACAGACGGACUUUACUAUCAGUUUGUGGACUAUUUGUAUCUUUUUCUUUGUGUAACCCUCUUCUGGAUAUUCUUAUACCAUUAAACGAAACUCGACCAAGGCAAAAUGUAUUUAAUGUUAAUUAUGUAAUCCUAGAUGAACAAGAGCACUUUUAUAUUUUGUACGUGCAUUUAGCCCUCUCUGCAUUUGUUAUCGUGCUAACAAUAAUCUCAGUAGACUCGUUAUACAUUACUAUUAUUUAUCACGCUUGCGGAUUGUUUGCAGUAUGUGGAUCCCAGGUUCAGAAUACUACAGAAAAUAAUACUAUUGAGAAAAAUGGGACUGAGAUAAGCAGCAUCGGAUAUGAACAGUUCAAACAAUGCAUAAUAAUGCAUUACAAAACUCUUCAAUUUUACAACGUCAUUGAAAAAUGUUGCCGGAAUUUGUAUUUAAUACAAAUGGGACUAAAUAUGGUUAUUGUUAGCAUAACAGCUGUUGAGGUAAUUGUUUUCUUGGACCGACCAGACGAAGCGAUUAAGGCUAUUAUGUAUCUCAUAGCACAAAAUUUUCAUUUGUACGUGAUCAGUUUACCAGGUCAGACACUAUUGGAUCAAAGUUUAGAAUUAGCCGAUAAAAUAUAUGACUCUGAUUGGUAUCAUAUACCAACAAAAGUUCAAAAAAUGCUUUAUCUAAUGCAAAUAAGAUCAAAUAAACCUUGUAUAUUGACAGCAGCAGGACUAUACGAAAUGAAAAUUGAAAGUUUCGGAGAAACUAUUAAAACUUGUAUGUCGUACUUUACCAUGUUUUUGUCGAUAAGAGAAUAAUCGUUCGUUGCUACUCAAAAUACUUUCAACUGGUCUUAUGCUUUUAGGGAACGCAAUACAAGUUUACGUUCCCUAAGUGUUGCUAAUAAA